CCGUCACAUCCAGGGCCUCAGGCCCUGCGUCACAUCACUGUUUUGGCACGGAAUCUACUGUUUUGCUUCGUUCUUCUAUACAACAUACUUCCCCGCUUGUUCUUUUGUUAGCUACAUACAGUGUGCAUGCAAUAAACAGUGUGUAACAUCAUAUCUCAAACCACCCUAAUUGAAAUUUGAAGUAUUAAGAGGGAAAACAAAAUGAAAUAUGUACACAAAAUUUAUAUAGUAACAAGUUACCUUACACACUAAGUUUAUUUAUUGAAUUUUAAUAUUGCAAAAGUCUGGUUGAGUUGUUUGAUUACAACUCCAUAAAGGAAAAAAGGAAACGCAUAAACAAACGUGUACAUACAAGUGUUUAGUGUUCAAUUGGGUUUUUGUUGUAAUGCGUCGUCAAAAUUGUCACCCACAAGACAAUAUGAAAAAAAUGCAUAACGAAUGGACGCAGUGCAGUCAGUCGACCCAAAACGUAAACAACUGUCGUCUGCUACUGUUAGUGCCUGCCUACUUUGUAGGUUAAGGUUAUAUUUAACAAAACAAGCACGAAGCACUUUGACAAACAAAUGAGGGAGUGGAAAAUUGAAGUGUCAGUUAUGUACUAUUCGUUUAAUUAAUAUUCUUGCCGUGAUAAACAAACUGAAUUCAUAAAACAGAAUUUUAUAUUAAGAAUCAAGGCAAUCAGAAGUGUAUUAGCCUAUAUGCAGUGUUGCACUGGCUUUGUUAUCGUUUUCUGGUAAUUGGUUCGUUCAUUAUGUAUAGAAAGCCGUCAUACCCAGCUCUUACAUUAAAACAGUUCAUGUUACGAAAACAAGUUCUAAAACUGUAUAGAGAUACACUGCGGAGUAUUCGACAAGUUCCAGAUAGAGACAGUCAGUUAGAACUGAGAAAAUGGGCAAGACAAGAUUUUGAAAAUAAUAAACAUCUGGAAGAGGAAAUUACAAUAAAAAUGAUGAUAAAACACGGAGAAAGGAGUCUGAAAGAGUUACAACAGUCAUUAGAAUUAAGUAAAUAACUUAUAAUGAAAUUUAUUAAAAGUUUUGAAUUAGC